GGCCGGGGGGUGAACACGUUCUCUUUCUGCCUCUUGUGUUUGCCCUUACUUCAAGUUUGUUUCGAGAAUUUUUCCAAGCAAAAUACUUUGAAAUCAAGAUGUCUGAUGACACAGCCGAUAAAGAACUCAAAUCUUUAUGCAAGUUGUUCAUUGGAGGAAUUCCUCGGUCCAUAACCGACGAACAGCUAGCAGAACAUUUCCUACAAUUUACAGAAGAUGAUUCACUCAACGACUGCGUGGUGAUAAAGGACGAAAUGAAGAACUCUCGCGGCUUCGGUUUUGUCACCUAUAACAAGCUGAGCGAUACAGAUAAUUGCUUAGCAAACCGUCCGCAUAAUCUUGCCGGCAAAGAAGUCGAAGUAAAGCAUGCUAUACCACGAGAUGAAAAAAUUGAGACCAACCACGCUCGUACCAACAAGAUUUUCGUCGGUGGCCUCUCAAAAGAAGCGACAGAAGAGGAGCUUACUAAUGUGAUCGAGAAUCAUGUUCUGUCCAUUGGUGAAAACUUGAAUGCAAAAAUCACAAAAGUUGAUAUUAUUAGAGAUAAAGAGACCGGUGAGCCACGUGGGUUUGCCUUUUUGGAUAUGGCGUCAGAAGAUGAUGCAGAUAAAGUUGUGAUUGUGAAGCACUUUGAAGUUGCAGGUCGUAGGGUAGAGUUGAAGAAGGCUGAACCCAAAGGUGGCCAGGGUGGUGGAGGUAGAGGUGGUAGAGGAGGCAGAGGUGGUCGUGGUAGAGGUGGUGGUGGUAGGAAUACUGGCCAGUUUGGUGGUGCAGGUGGGUGGGGUUUUGGAGAUCAAUAUAGUGGUUUUGGUGUUGACAGUUAUGGAGGGUAUGGUGCUUAUGGUGGUGGUGGAUAUGGAUUUGAUAACAUGGGGGCGUACAACCAGUAUGCACAACAAGCUUCAAGUUUUGGACCAUCACGGGCAUCAAAUGGGCGGUAUCGUGGGCGCAGUGGACCAUACUAAAUAUCUUCUCUUUGUUGUUAGCAAUCUUGUUCAGUGAUUGGUUAAACAUUAAGUCUCAAGAAAUAGGAACGUAGCCCAUAGGCUAAGGCUGAAGAAUUAAUCGUUAGACCUCAGAAGCAGAACUACUACAAGAUUUAAGCGGACUUGGACACAGAACAAUUGAGGCUAGGGCAAAUGAGGACAUCAUGAAAAUCAUUAAGAAAUUUUAGUCAUUUUAGCUUUUUUGUAGAAGUAAUCGUUUUUAGGUUUGUUUUUAAGUGUAAUAUAUUAGUUUUAUUAAAUUUCUCACAAUUAGAUCCACAGUAAAAGAUCA